GUUUGAAGAAAAAAAAAAGAAAAAAAAAAAAAAAAGAAAAGAAAAAGAAAUUUGUUUAUCAAAAUUAUCGAUCGAUAAGCAGACUUUUCUAUACAAUUCUUAUUUUGUUUUUAUCUGCAGACGAUAAUACAGUAUUCUAAUGAAUUUUAAAUGUAUAAAUUGGUGUUGCGAAAAAGAGGAAUCGUUUGAAUAGACAAAGAAAAAAUAUUGACAGGAUACGAGGAUUUCGAGAUAAAUCAAAGAACGAUUCGUUUAAAAGCGAGUGUCCUAGAUUCAUAGGCUAUAUCGUAAUAUCUCCACCUUCCUUCGACACUUGACGGUACCGAAAGGAAAGGAAGCCGCCGAUGUUUCCCAUUUGGUUUGCUUUAGAAGAAGACAUCGUAGCGCGUAUCCACACAGCCACUUUCAUUGUUCUUUUAUCUGCCUUAGCUUCAAGAAGUCAUAUAAGUUGAUUCUAACUAUCACUGACUUCAUUUUUUUUUACCGACUGUUACUCGUACAUCUCGGAUUUAAUAUUUUCAUUACCAAAGGAGGACAAGAGUUAAAAGAAGAAGAAGAAACACUUUUAUUGCUGAUUUUUAAGGAGAAAGUUAAUCUGGAAAAUUCGAUAGAGAAACAGAUAAGUAAGUACUUACAUAUUCAUGAAUGGGAUGUACAGGUUAUCUCUCUGUACCGAUCGAAUGUAAUCUUGAUUUCUAAAUGGCGCCAAUACGAAGUAUCGACCGAGAAUAACCGAGGAAUGCCGAACGUAUUUAAAUUAAAAUCACGUGAUCGAUUUCGAUUAUUUUCAAGUAAUACCAAAGACCGAAGAAAAUAAUUGUAAGAAAAUUCGUGGGCGUUCCAAACGAAAAGACAAAAGUCUCUCGAAAUCGUUUCCUAGUUUCACCGACUCUCGCUGAAAUAGACGGAAGGAAGACGUAUUCAUGCUCUGUUUAAGAAGUUAUGCCAUCGUACAAAAUCAAAUCCUGGACAUUGUCGUUGAUGUUAAUCUUCAUUACGUUCGAUUGGACGAGUUCAGAGGGUGGUACAACAAUUGGAAAUAGAGAUGGUUGCGGUGAAAGAUUGGAACGUGCAUUGGAUGCACUUCAAAGAGAUUCAAAUAGAAGAAGGAAUAGAUUAGAAGAGGGAGAGGGUCGAGAACCAAAUUAUCAAGAAGAAUUACGUUCAGCGCCAUUAGCAAUGACAAUUUCACGGAUCGUAGUUAAGUUUCCACAGAGUGGAAGAAGUCGAGGAAGUUCAUGGGCAAGGGUCGAAAAAUGUUUUUUCGAACCUUCGAGUAAUUCAUUAAAAACCAGAGUAACAUUCAAUGAUUUAUCAGUAUCAGGAACAGUAUCGUUGUUGAUGAGAGAAGAACGACGAUCUCAUAUACCUUUGGAAUCAUGUAGAAUGACUCUACGAUUGAGACAAGCUGGUAUAGAUAUUUUCACUGGUACAAUUGCCAGAGCUCGUGGACAAAUGCGUAUACGUACGGAAUCGAGUUUUUUAGAGCCAAGAUUUGCUUCGCUCUACGCCUAUGGAUGUCAUCCAAAUCGUCAUGACAAACAACUUAAAAGACAAGACAAAUGGCCACCUUAUUAUCCUCCUCGUGACGAACUUUCUGUAUUAUCAGCUGAACCGCGUCGUUUAUUCACCGUCUCCGAGGAUGUAGAUCUAUCAAUAGCAAAUGAAAGUCGAGUUGCACGUACUUCAGGUGGACAAAUAAGAAACUUGAGUAACUGGAGAAAUAAUCUUUGGAUCACUAAAUCAGCUGUACGUCGAAGAAGAGGAAUUACAAAACGUAAUACGAAUGAUAUAACAACGAUUGCAACUAAAAAGGAUAAUAAAAAUCAUCAAGGAUCUAAUGGCACAUCAACGGAGAUCGAAAUAACACCGGGUGAUUUUGUAACUGCAUUGGUCAAUAGUAAAAAACUUUUAGAGGCGAAAGAAUCUACGAAUGAAUCAACGACGACAACUACGACCAUUGAUCUUCUUGAUCAUUCUGUUAAUUUAUUAAAAAACGAAACUAUCGACGAUUGCCACGAAGAAAAAUCAAAUUUCAAAAGGGAAUACACGUUUAAUGAAUCACCAAGAGUAGAACCUAGGGAAACUCUUUUAUUGGAUGAAAAUAUUUAUGAUGCUUUUAUGGUUGGUCUUAAUGACGACGAGGACAACGUUGACAAUAACGACGACGAUAAUGGUAAUAAUCGAAGUUGGCAAUCAAAGGAAUAUAUUGCCAGAGAAAUGGAAGAUAUUUUUCUUCGUGGUGCCAGUAGAACAUUGACUAGUUAUAUUGAACGACAAUUACAUCCUGCUAUUAAGGAAGCUCUUAUGAUUUCUAUGGGAUAUACCAUUAGUUAUGGAUAGAUCGUAGAUAUGUAGAUAGAUACUAACUACAUCGAAUCGGUGUAAUUACAAUUAGUUAUUUAUUAGCAAUAAAUAUAUUAUUGUUUGUCUCUUCAAAGCUCUGAUAUUUUUUUCUUUCUUUCUGCUUUUUUUUUUUUUUUUUUUUUUUUUUUUUUACUCACCACAUAAGAUAAGUAUUUCAAAAGAAGUAUCAUAAUUAUUAAUUAACAAAUGAGUAUUUUACAAUUAUUAUUCUUUUUUUUUUUUUUCCUUAUGUUUUU